AUGAAUGUUGAAGUGGCGACGAAACUCACGCUGAUCUCACGAGUCAAACGGCACCCUCCCCACCUCUGUCGUAGACGGAUGCGGAGAGUACUACCCAUCCCAAAAACGUCCGUCCUCUCUGCCGCACCACGUACCAUCUAAGCCUUACCAUCCGAACAACCUUGCUUAGAUAAGUAAAUCACUACUAUGUUGAGUCUUAUUUGUUGGAUUAUUUUAUAUAACUGCUCCUAUUGUUGUUGGGCUUAAUUUUUUUUGGGUGAGAACGGUAUAUUUCCUCAUGCGUUCGUCGAACCUUCUAAAAGUCACCGGUACAUCAAUGAGCCGCUGCUUCUUUUCCCCUAG